AUGGCUGUAAUCUUGAACGAAAAGUCAAACUGCUAUCAUUAAAAAAAUGGGUACUAUAUUCUUGGAUCGUACAGAAAUAAUAGAUGUCCCACAAGAAGGAUUGAUGGCAGCCUCCUUGUGGAGACCCCAGCCAUCUCAUCUAGGCUCGCCUGGUCGGAAAGAGCGUCAUCUCAUCUGUCAGCUUCUGAGCUAUAGAUUGCAUGUCCUUGGAUGGCAGCUAGCCAUCUCAUUUAUCACCGAUCAACCCCCACCAGUAUACAACCACCGCUACUGCCCAGUCACACGUAACUUUGUAAAAAGUCACUACUACACAAUUGAUGAUGGAUUAGGCUUGUUCCAGUUGGAUGAGUUGUUGUUUCAGGGAUAAGCAGUGGAAAGAUUAUCCAGUGAGUAAGAAAUGGAUAUCCUCAUUUUUUCCUUCAUUUCCAAAAGCUUAAAUAUGACUUGGAAGAACCUCUUCUUUACAGUGUAGGGGUGACAACUCGUAGCUCAUCCUACAACGGCGGUUGGGGCGGCUGAAAUGGUGGCGCUGUCAGCACAGCUAUGUCAUGUGGACUGAAGAAGAUUUUUAUCGUGUGCAAGAGGCAAGCCCCAUUUGCUGUAGAAGAGGUUGGCUGAUUGGCCGUCUUAUUUGGCACAGGAAAAAAAAAAAAAAAGGUCUUGAAAUAUAUCUUACAUUAUAGGAUUGCGUACAGAGAAGGAGAAAAAAAAUUGAGAGAGAUCGGGUUGGACUGGGGGGCCUGGGUCUGACCCAGGGUGAGUUAGCACUCGCAUGGGCUGGCCCAAUUUAGAUGGGCCCUUUCGGCUGAGACCGGUAGUUUUUUUUAUAUAAAAAAAAAAACAAAAAGCACCCCCUGGUGUCUAUUAUAUUUAAACUGAUAAUUAUGCAACCAUAUAU